CAAGCAACCUCCCCAUUCUAAAGACUUUGAAAGCAACAACGCCCAUCUGUCACCUAAAUGUCGUCCCCCAAGAUGCAAAUCGACGAAAAGCGCGAAUUAGAGACGAGCAAACCGGCGGAUUUCUCCUUCAAAAAAUUAAAACUCCUCGAAGCGACAGGGCCGGAGCAAGCGCGCGCCUCCCGGCUCGGCGGGGUGCCCGAACGCGGAGCCCAGCACAAAAAAUUCCUAACCCGGUCCGUAUGGCUUAACAAUAAUCGGCUGAAAAAUAUCAAAAAUUUGGACGUGUUUAUUGACUCGAUUUUGGAGUUUCCCGAACGUUUGGGAUGGAUCGAUUUUUCCUUCAAUCAACUGACGGAGAUUCAAGACACGAUUUUGAAAUUUUCCGAUUUGAAAAUCGUUUAUUUUCACGGGAAUUGCAUCGAGAGUUUGGACCAGAUCCUCAAAUUGAAGAAUUUGAAAAUGCUGAAAACUAUCACUUUUCAUGGGAAUCCCAUCUCGAAUUUGGCGCAUUAUAGGAACUAUAUCAUUGCGGCUUUGCCACAAAUCGACAAUUUAGAUUUUACGCCGGUUUUGAAAAAUGAGAAAUUGGCCCCGAAACCGGCCGAAUUUUUGAAGGAUGUUCGAGCGAUAAGGGGCACCAAGGAGGUGAAUAAGGGCGACGAUUGAUUGAUUUAAUCAAUUUUUCUUAAAUAAAUCGGAAAAGACA